UAGAGCUUCUCAUUAUCACGAAAACGUCAUCAACUGAUGCAGGCUCCAACAACACUCCUAAUUAUCAUACAAGUUUUUGUUGAGACUGUGAAUAAAUAUAAAAAGGACCAAGUACUGUGAAGCUGUUACUAGUUGAUUGUUGAAGACCAUUGCUGCAACAUCUCUCAGUUGUCAAAUAAGUUUCAAGAUGAAGAGCUUAGCAGUUGUUUGCCUCUUGGCUUUGUUCGUAUUCGCGGCCGCUCGCCCCGACGUGUACACCGACAAGUACGACAACGUGGACCUCGACGAGAUCCUGGAGAACAAGCGUCUGUUCACUCCUUACGUCAAGUGUAUCCUGGACCAAGGGAAAUGCUCACCGGAUGGCAAGGAACUUAAAUCUCACAUCCAGGAGGCACUUGAAGAGAACUGCGGCAAAUGUACGGACAAACAGAAGACAGGAACACGUCGUGUGAUCGGACACCUUAUCAACCAUGAGGAAGAGUACUGGAACCAGCUGAAGGCUAAAUACGAUCCCAAGAGCAAAUACUCCGUCAAAUACGAGGAGGAGCUCCGUUCUAUCAAGGCUUCUUAAUACCAAUAGUUGGUGUUGUCUUGUUACUUACCAAAUAAUACAAAACAUGCGUGUUACAAAUUGAAUGCAAAUAAAUAAUACUUUUUUUUAUGUAAUACAA